GAUUUUUGACAAUUGCUAUAAUUUAUUCUGGUUUGCUCAUUCAUUACCAAAUAUAGGAUUUUUAAAGAAAUAGAAAAAUGGAAGAGUUCCAAAGGAAAUUGCAGAGCGAAGUCGAGAACUUCAAGCUUGCCCAGAAAGAAUUGGAGAAGGUUGUUAAUAGCAGACAACAAUUGGAUGGGCAGCUGAAUGAGAAUGAGAUUGUGAAGAAGGAAUUGGAUUUGCUGAAGGCGGAGGCGUUGGUGUACAAAUCCAUUGGGCCAGUACUAAUCAAAACUGAUUUAGUUGAGGCUAAACAGAAUGUGUCGAAGAGAAUAGAGUUUAUCUCGAAGGAGCUGAAGCGAGUUGAUGAUCAGAUUAAUACGCUGGAGAAGAAACAGGACACUCACAAUGAGAACCUGCAGAGACUGCAGCAGCAGUUCCAACAGGCACAAGUGAAAGCGGCAAUGAAAUCUUAGGAUCUUUCUACUAUUUUAUUUAUAUAAUAUCAUUUAGGCUUCAUAAAAUAUAUAUUACUCUAUUCACAUCUUAUAAUUUGUAAUAUAAAUGUUUAAGUGCAUUUAAUAAAGCGUAACGUUUCAUCUA